CCUCCGCCCCAGUCACUGAGCCGCCGCCGAGGACUCAGCAGCCUCCCCCUUGAGCCCCCUCGCUUCCCGACGCUCCGUUCCCCCCCGCCCGCCUUCUCCCGCCGCCGCCUUCCGCAGGCCGUUUCCACCGAGGAAAAGGAAUCGUAUCGUAUGUCCGCUAUCCAGAACCUCCACUCUUUCGACCCCUUUGCUGAUGCAAGUAAGGGUGAUGACCUGCUUCCUGCUGGCACUGAGGAUUAUAUCCAUAUAAGAAUUCAACAGAGAAACGGCAGGAAGACCCUUACUACUGUUCAAGGGAUCGCUGAUGAUUACGAUAAAAAGAAAUUAGUGAAGGCGUUUAAGAAGAAAUUUGCCUGCAAUGGUACUGUAAUUGAGCAUCCAGAAUAUGGAGAAGUAAUUCAGCUACAGGGUGACCAGCGCAAGAACAUAUGCCAGUUCCUUGUAGAGAUUGGACUGGCUAAGGACGAUCAGCUGAAGGUUCAUGGGUUUUAAGUGCUUGUGGCUCACUGAAGCUUAAGUGAGGAUUUCCUUGCAAUGAGUAGAAUUUCCCCUCUGUCCCUUGUCACAAGUUUAAAAACCUCACAGCUUGUAUAAUGUAACCAUUUGGGGUCUGCUUUUAACUUGGGACUAGUGUAACUCCUUCAUGCAAUAAACUGAAAAGAGCCA